AUGACUCCCGCUGUCUUCCUGACCAUCCUGUGCUUUGGAGUGGCCUUAGCGGCUCCAGUACUUGAUUCCAGUUUGGAUGCUGAAUGGCAACAGUGGAAGAAGAAAUAUGAAAAAUCAUACAGCCAGGAAGAAGAAGUAUGGAAGAGAGCAGUAUGGGAAAAAAACAUGCAGAUGAUAAGAACUCACAAUGGUGAGGAUGGCCAGGGAAAGCAUGGUUUCACUGUGGAAAUGAAUGCCUUUGGUGACAUGACUGGUGAAGAAUACAGAACAUUUCUGACUGAUAUCCCAGUUCCAGCUGCUGUGAAGGUGAAAAGUGUCCAAAAUCCCCUACUUAAUGACUUGCCCAAAUCUGAGGAUUGGACAAAGAAAGGCUUUGUGACUCCUGUUCGGAAACAGGGUCAGUGCGGUUCAUGCUGGGCUUUUGCUGCAAUUGGUGCCAUAGAAGGACAGAUGUUCUGGAGAACUGGCAAUCUGACCACUCUAAGUGUGCAGAACCUACUGGAUUGUUCUAAACCUCAAGGCAAUAAUGGGUGUGUUCGGGGUGAUGCAUAUAGCGCCUACCAGUAUGUUUUGCACAAUGGAGGUCUGGAGGCUGAAGAAACCUACCCAUAUGAGGCAAAAGAUGGACCGUGCAGGUACAACCCUAAUAACUCUAGAGCUUAUAUCACAGAAGUUGUGUCCCUGCCAGCACACGAGGAUUACCUGCUGGUUGCUGUGUCAAUGAUUGGCCCUGUCGCUGCUGCCAUUGAUGCUUCCCACGAUUCUUUCAGGUUCUACAGGGGAGGUAUUUAUCAUGAGCCAAAUUGCAGCAGUUAUUUGACCAAUCAUGCAGUUCUGGUGGUUGGCUAUGGAUUUGAGGGAAAUGAAACAGAUGGCAAUAACUACUGGCUAAUCAAGAACAGCUGGGGUGAGGAAUGGGGCAUGAAGGGCUACAUGAAGAUUGCUAAAGAUCAAAACAACCACUGUGCAAUUGCUUCAUAUGCCAGCUUCCCCAACAUAUUCUGA